CAGCAUCCGGGGUGCCCGAGACCCCAAGCUAAAAUGUGCGACCCAUUAUGUUCAGUUUUUGGCAUCUAUAGUCACUGCAUGACCAUUCAGGAUUAUGUGUUUAUGUAUAAAUAUAAUUCAUAGCAAUAAAGAUUAAAUUUUAUAUACAUAGAUGAUUCCUGCAGUAUAUAAUGCUAUAUAUUUAAUAUAAAUUUUUCAAUUUUUUCCAUCUAGGAAGGAAACAAAUUUACAGCAUCGGUUACUGAUCGGGAAUAGGAAAGAUACAUAAAAUGUGCUCAUUAAACGAAUUCGAACAUGAUGAUUUUGAAACAGAUGUAAUGCCAAGAGACAGAAUUACCUCUGUUAAUAACGUUGCUGAAUCAGCUGAUGUUAAAUCUGUUUGUAAAGUAUGUGGAUCAAAAGAAAUUCAAGUUUCAUUGAGGAACAAAAAUGAAUAUUGUAAAGUAUGUUUUCUACCAAUAUUAACACAUAAAUUUAAAGCAACACUGGGUAAAUCCAAGGUGGUGCGUUCAACCGAUUCUGUACUUAUUGCUCAUUCAGGAAAAGUAAAUUCAACUGUACUUGUGCAUCUUAUCAAAGCUAAUGUCAAUGAAACAUCUUGCAAAAAGAUUCCUUUCCAAUGUAAAGUUCUUUACAUAGACGAUGGCUUGGUGAAAAAACGCACGAUCGAAGAAAGACAGUUUAUUCGAAACGCAUUAGUCAAAGAAGCGGAAAGUACACAAUUGCUGACAUAUAUUGUACCUCUGUCAAAAUAUACCAGUGAUAAUAUUUUUGAGGAAAUACAACCGGUAAAUGUACCGGGAAUAAAUAUAACUCGAGAUGAUGUAGCUAUACAAGAAAUUUUUAAUGGAUUAGAAAGCGAUACCGCAAGAGACGAAUUAUUAAGACAAUUAAGACGCAGAUUACUUGUGUCAGCGGCUCGCAGUUUAAAUUGCAACAAAGUAUUUCUCGCUGAUACAUCUGUUGAUCUUGCAGUAAAGGUACUUGGAAACAUAUCGACUGGUAGAGGAUCUCAGUUACCUUUUGAUGUUGCGUUUUCUGAUACAAGAUGCGCGGACGUGACGUUGCUUAGACCGCUAAAAGAUUUUACAGUGGACGAUGUUAGUGGAUAUUUAGAUUGCUGUAAACUCUGUCCUAUUAUUACUUCUCAAAAAGAUGAUCAUUCGUUUUCCGCUUCCAUUCGGACUGUUGCAAGAAGUUUUGUUUGUCAAUUAGAUUCGGAAUUUUAUGGUACUGUACCUACGAUAUAUCGUACUAGUGAAAAAUUAACCGCAAGAUUAGGUAAACUUAAUAAUCCAAAGAUUAACAUCGAUAUUGAGUCCAAUAUUGAUGACAAUACUUGCAUCCUCUGUGAAACAGUUUUAAACUCGUGUUGUUCACAAGAUGGACAGCUAUCUGUUGUACGAGCAAAAUUAUUUUCCAAAUUAGUUUCAACAACUUUCGUAGAAUCUUCGUCAAGUGUUACAGACAACGAAGAAACUAAAAGUAAAUAUAACGUGAAGCAAGAAAAAUGUUAUUGUCUUGGUAAUCCUCUUCAGAAACAAUCUUUACAGUCGUACAUCAUUAAAAAAUAUCUUUGUUAUAGUUGCAGCUUAAUUUUUUUACAUUCAAAUCAAACGCAUAUUACUUUACCCAACUUUAUGCUAAACACGAUUCAACAGAAAUUACACAGUAUGCGUUUGCGGGACGAAAUAUCAGACUUUUUAUUAUAGUUUGAGUUAACGUGUACUAUUAUUAAUGAUAAAAUAAUAGUAUGUAAGAAAUAUGUAUAGCAUAUAUUUAAUGUAUAAGUUAUAAGG